AUGGGAGAAAACCAAGUGGGGCAAAAUGAAACUCGAGUGCAAGAAUUCAUUCUUCUCACUUUCCCUGGGUCUCUGUAUUUAAAGACAUCCAUCUUCACUCUCUUUCUUCUCAUGUACAUCCUGGCUAUUUCUGGAAAUCUGGCCAUCAUCAUUUUAGUGUUGACAAAUGGGCGCCUUCACACAGUCAUCUACUACCUGCUUUGCAAUCUCUCUUUUCUGGAGAUCUGGUACACAACAACCACUAUCCCUAAGACCCUUCCUAUCUUACUAGGGAGAAGUCAAAGUAUCUCCUUCACUGGCUGCCUUUUACAGAUGUACUUUUCUUAUUCCUUUGGUUGCAUUGAAUACUUCCUCCUUGCUCUCAUGGCUUAUGACCAAUACCUGGCCAUAUGUCACCCACUGUGCUACAAUACCAUCAUGGACAUCAGCUUGUCUGGCAAACUGGCUGCCAGCUCUUGGUUGUGUGGAUUCCUCAUUCUUUCUGUGCCAGCAUAUCUGAUUGCAAGAUUAUCCUUCUGUGGUCCCAAUGUGAUUAAUCACUUCUUGUGCAGUGUUGAUUCCUGGAUAGUUCUCUCUUGCACUGAGACACAUGCCGUUGAGGUAUCAAUUUUUGUCAUAGCUGUCAUUGUCAUCUUCAGCUCCUUUUCAAUAACCCUCCUCUCUUACAUAAGCAUCAUCUCUACUAUAUUGCGCAUCCCUUCCUCAAAAAGCCUGCAAAAGGCCUUUUCUACAUGCUCUUCUCAUUUUGCUUUUGUGGUUAUCUGGUAUGGCUCUACUAGGAUCUUUCUGUUUGUCAAGCCUUCUAAAAGUAGAUCUUUGGAAACCACCAAAACAGUGAACAUACUGAAUAUCAUUGUGACUCCUGUGCUGAAUCCUUUCAUUUAUGCAUUAAGAAACAAAGAAGUAAGGGAGGCUUCCAGAAGUUCCUUGCGCUGGAAAUGA